AUGGCUGGUGAAGCAGGGAAGGCGCGGACCGUUCUUCUGGCCACAGAGAAGGCUUUCGCUGCCGCCGCGGUGGGAAAGAUUGAGAGUGUUCUCAAGGAGGCGAACUACACUCUCAAGAAAUUGGAGAACUACAAGGGCAAGGAUGACCUCCUUGCAGCGGUGGCAGGCGUAGAUGCUAUGAUUAUCCGCAGUGACAUUGUGGACCAGGCCGUUCUGGACAAGGCUGACAAGCUCAAGAUCGUUGUUCGUGCCGGUGCGGGCUACGACAACAUUGACCUGAAGGCUUGCGAAGCCAAGAGCGUCACCGCCAUGAACACCCCGGGUCAGAAUGCCAACGCAGUAGCGGAGCUCGUGUUUGGCAUGAUGCUUGUCAGCGCACGCAACAAUUUUGAUGGCACCAGCGGCUUUGAGCUUGUGAAUCGCGAGAUUGCCUUCUAUGGUUUUGGAGCGGUGGCACGUGCUGUGCAUAAGCUGGCACAGGGCUUCGGCAUGAAGAGCUUCGCAUAUGAUCCCUACAUCCCUGCCGACAAGAUCAAGGAGAUGGGCGCCGAGCCCGUGUCCACCGUAGCAGGGCUCUUCGAGCACCAGUACGUGUCGCUCCAUGUGCCCCUGACAGAUGAGACCAAGGCGUCCAUCAAUAAGGAGCUGCUCAUGAAGAUGCCCAAAGGUGGCUCCCUGAUCAACACAGCACGCACUGAAGUAGUGCACGAGGCUGACAUGAUCGAGGUGCUGAAGACACGGCCCGACUUCUGCUACCUUUGCGAUGUGGCGCCCAAGGACAUUGAGCCUUUCAAGGCUGCAGUGGGGGACAAGUACGGCAAGCGGUUGAUCUUCACCAAGAAGAAGAUGGGGGCUCAGACUGCAGAGGCCAAUGACAAUGCAGCUCGGCAAGAGAGAGAUAUGGGAGUUGCCCAUAAUCAGGGGUACCCUUUUGGGGAUCCCCAGAAUAAGGAUUAUAGUAUAAAAGGGAGCAAGAGAGAGCGAGAGAGAGCCGUAGCCAUUUUGGCUCAAGAAUCUAAGGGCCCUAGCGCGGAAGCACAGCGAGCAGCAGUCAACAUGCCUCAGCGCCAAGAGGUGGCUGAAGACGCUCAAGCAGCCAUCCGCGCAGCUGUUUUGAAAGUGGCUGCCAUUCUUCGUGAGAUGAGGUUGACGUUGAGAGCGCAGCGGACUUCCUUGUGCGGCAUGUUCUGGAGUUUGAGCACGACCAAGAUCUUGCGAUGA